AAAUUACUGUGCUACUGCUGUUGGUGUUGGCGCCAAGAUGUUCACAAGAAUUAUCGACGUAACUACAAAACUGUGAGAAAUAGAAAACUGUUCAGCAAUCAUCUAUAAAGAGAUGUGGAGCAUCAAUGACCAAUGAAAAGGCCUGAAGUAACAGUCCGCCAGCAUGUCUGCUUUGCUCUUGGAUGAGUUCCUGGUCUUUUUGAAGCCUUUGAUAACAGAUCUCAAAGAAUGUGAUAGGCUCGUGAAACAUUGUAAACAAAUAUUCAACAACUGUGAUGAGAGUUUUAGAAAAUCAUCAGACUUUAAACGGCUAAUCCAGUCUACGAGGUCAGCUAUCAGCAAUGACAAGCAGAGGGUGUACGUCCAUAUUAUGGACUUUGUGUGCGAGUUAAAGGCCCAUGUAAAAGAUUCUUCCAAGAGAGACGGCAGAAGUAAGGCCAAUAGCAAACAUAAACGUAAGAAGAGAGAUCGCGAAAAAAGCUCUGGUUCAGACUCAGGGGAGUUACCGAAGAAAAAGGCAAACUAUGGCAAGGAAGUAGAUGUAUCGGAUGCAAGGGUAGAUUUACCUGAUGAUGGGAUUGUCAUUGAGAGCAAUGUCGAUUCUCCUUACAACCAGGAAGUGUCCAGCACUUGUUCUCCUUCGGUCAGCCCUGCCAGAAAACCUAAACUGGUCAGGGAUGGGGCAGUGUCGGACAAAAACUGCAUUAUUUUAGAAUAUGGCUCAACCUCUGAGAAUGUGACAAACUCUGAAGUCGACAAGAGUGCUAAUGCUAUCAAUCCUGAACCCGCUGUUCAGGAAGAGGCUAAAAGCACAGUGGUCAUUAUGGAAGAUGACAGUGAGUGCCAUCGUUCACCACAAGCUGCUGUUUUAAGUACUUUACAGUUAGUCCCUAAAUGUGUAGAUCCUCAGCCUGCAAAGGCAGAAUCAGUGUCUACCUCCUUGUCCGUUAUUAAAUGUCCUGUUGUCCCCCCUGAGACGGCUUCAGCGUCUGAGGAGAAAACAUUAGGGAAACCUUCUAGCAGCAUAGAACAGGGUGCUAUGUGUACAUUAGACGAUGAUGAUAAACAGAAAUAUGCAAAUGCCUCAUCAGAGCCUGCAUCAAGAUCUAGCAAGGGAGCAAAAGACCAGGAAUCUGCAUCAGGCAUUGAAAAAACAAAAUGUACAAAUGCCUUGUCUGAGUCAGCCUCAACAUCUAAAGAGAAAGUGAAAGUGGAACCACCAAUCAGCAAAGAUCAAGAUUCUGAAUCAGGCAUUGAUGAUAUGAAGAACUGUGCAGAUGUCCCAUCAACACCUAACAAGCAAGCAGCAGUGAAACCAUCAAGUGGCAAAGAUCAGGAUUCUGCAUCAGGUGUUGAUGAUAAAAAAACAUUGGUCAGUGAGAAACACAUAAGAAAACUGGAAAUUCUGCUGGCUAAAUUGAGGAAUGAGAUAGAAAAUGUGAAAGAGCGUGAGUUGUCAUUGGAUGACCUUGAGGAUGAGGACUCUAGCUACAUAUACGAGGACAGGUUGGAGAAGAAGUUCGUCAAAGUCUGGAACAAGUUGUGUGAGCUCAAAGGGAGGAGGAAAACCACAGGUCGACCAGUGGAGCAGCGGUUCACGUAUGAAGGUACCAGAUUUCCAGAGAUAAACAAGAAGAUCGAACGGUUUAUCAACAAGAAGAAAAUGUUUCCUGAUUUCCAUGACAUCAGAGACAUCAUCAUAAAAGUCAACAAGAGGAAAGAACUCAAUUUGUCUUCGCAGAUGGUGGAAAUGAUUUCAAGAGAUACUUUCAUGGAUGUGGGCAAUCGUCUUCAGGAGCGCCGCAGAGAAGAUUUUGUGACCACCUUCGGCUGCAGGCUGACUGACAAUGCCAACCCUAACGAUGACCCAGCUCUGAGAGACCCUGCACUGAAGGCCAAACUGGAGAAUAAUCUGUCAGAGGGCAAACAGAAAAUGCAAGAUCUGAUCCUGAAAUAUGCACAUGAGCAGUACAACCGAGAGGAGGAGCCAGAAGAACAAGGUGACCAAUCAGAAAAGGAGAAGCGUGAGAUGUCCUGCUCACCGACCAAUGAAGAGGAAGAAGAGGAAGAAGAAGUGUGUGUCCCAGAACUUGAUGAAGUCCUGAAUGAUACAGUUUGUGAACCGGAGCAAGAGAAUUCAUGUGAAAUGAAGAUGGGAGGAAACGAGGAGGAGGAUGUCAUUGAGCUGAGUACAGAUGAAGAUGAAGAUGAUGCCCAAUCAGAUGAGGACAGUGAAAACGAAGACAACAGAUUGCCGAAGACUUUCACAUCCGUCCUAGAAUCUAUGCACCAAGAGAAGCUUGACACAGAGGAUGAUGACAGUCAAGAUGCUGUACUGGAGAUUAAAAGUGAAAGUGAUGGAAUUCAGGCCAUAGACAAUGUAGUUGAGAUAGGUGAUGAGGAUGAUGAGGAGGAGGAUGGAGAUGACAAAUGCAAUGAAGACAGUCCCACUUUGGUGUUGGACGACUCUAUUUAUUUGGAUGUAGCUGAUGAUUCUGACGUGUUAAGUGUGUCAGAGUUUUCUCCCUUAACCACUGAAAAUACGGAGACCAGUGACAGUGAGGCUGGGGAUCCAUCCAAUGAGAUGUUCAAGUCUCCAGAACGUAGGCUGAAAAAGUCUAAGCUCUCCAUACUCACUCCGCAGAAAAGCCUCUUGAGAAAGGCCCUGGGCUUAAAAUCUCCAAGUAAAAGUCCAAAAAGAAUAAGUUUCCCUGUGAAGAAGAGAUCGGUGGAAUGUCUUGAUGAUGAUGAUGACUCUGGCUCAGAAGGGAAUAUAUCCAGUUCAGUGCCUACCAGGAGCAGUAAACUGUCACUAGGAAGCCACUCUGAGCUCUCACACAGCCCCAGGCCCAGCACUUCAUCCCAAUACGGGCCCAGCGAAGAGGUGGUGUGCAUCCAACCAGAGCCCAGCCCCUUCUCUGUGGAUGAUCCAGUUAUUUCCUCCAGCACAGGAGAUCCCAGCAAGGGACAGAACUCACAUUCAGAUGAUGAGGUCAUUGUAUUGGAUAGUGACUGAUUUUUUUUUUCUUUUUCUUUCAAGUGUGUCAUAUACACAUGAACUUCAGUAUUAUAAAGUCGUCAAUAACACUGUGCUUUCAUCGUUAUUCAGACUCUGUCACAUCAGCAUCUUAGAACAGAAUUUCUUUGCAGACAAAGAAUCACACUGUUUGGUGUUGUCUUGCUGCAGUAUUUGUGUAUGAGACAAAAAUACACAUUCACAUAAUAGAAUUUGCAGUAAAGGGCAUGAAAAUGUGCCCUGUGGCUCACAUCUUGACCCCGUCUUUUGUAGGCUAAUAAUUUCACCACAUUUUCUCAUGCCUAUCAUGUUCACCCUGAUUUCGGAUGGCCAACAACUUGACCCUAUUUGCUCAUGGCUAACAACGUGACCCUAUUUGCUGAUAGCUGACUACUUCACCCUAUUUCUGAUGACCAACAGCUUUACCCUAUUUGCUGAUAGUUGACUACUUCACCCUAUUUGCAGAUAGCUGACAACUUCACCCUAUUUCUGAUAGCUGACUACUUCACCCUAUUUCUGAUAGCUGACUACUUCACCCUAUUUCUGAUGGCCAACAACUUGACCCUAUUUGCUGAUAGUUGACUACUUCACCCUAUUUGCUGAUAGCUGACUACUUCACCCUAUUUUCGUCUGCCAGCAACCUGUGGAUGGUCAUGGGUUUCCCCCGGGCUCUGCCCUGUGUCCAUCCACCAUAAUGCUGACCGUCGUAUAAGUGAAGUAUUCGUGAGUACAGCGUAAAACACCAAUCAAAUAAAUAAAUAAAUUCACCCUGGUUACUGAAGGCUGACAUCGUAACUCUGAUUUCUGAUGGGUAAUAACUUAACCCUAUUUGCUGAUAGCUGACAACUUCACCCUAUUUCUGAUGGGUAAUAACUUAACCCUAUUUGCUGAUAGCUGACAACUUCACCCUAUUUUCUGAUGGCUAACACCUUCAUCCUGAUUUCUGAUGGCUAACAACUUAACCCUGUCUACUCAUGGCUGACAUUCUCCCUCUAUUUUCUCAUUACCCUAUUUUCUCAUAGCUAACGAGAUUAUCUUGUUUUGGUUGACUCCAUUUCCAGAUGCCAUUUGUAAUUUUGACCCUGUUGUCCAGCAGCUAACAGGUUCAUCUUGUUUCCAAAGGAUUAACAACCUUAUCCAUGUUUGUCAUAGUUACCAGGUUAUGGCAGCUUCCUGUUGACUAACAAGUUUACACUUUUUUCUCAUUAAAAGUAACUAAAAAAUGAAUGGAAAAUUCUGUCAAGAUGGUGACUUGACAAGCACAAGUUUUCACUACCUCGGUAUGGCAUGAAAUGCCGUCUUUGUGACAUGUACAUAAGUCAUCACUGUACUUCAUGUGGUAUCAAACCAAAAUCUGAAAAUGGACAAAUUCAGGGAAUAUAUGAAGACAUAGAUUACGUGAACACUAUUUUUGUAACACCCUGUAAACUUUAAUGUUUUGUGUACAUGUACAUGCAUGUAAUUACUUAUUUAAUAUACCUGUACUUUAACUAGAAACUGUGACUUCUGCAAGACUUGGGUGAAACUUGGCUCUUGGAGCAAUGUCAUUUUGAAAAGUUGUAGAGACCUGGGGUCCAAUUAGCAAAGUGCACAUAGCAUUUUGUGCACAUACAUGUACUUUCCAUGGCAACCAGUACUGUAUGAAUUAUGUUGCUAGGGUAGUUAUGCACACUGUAACUUCCAUGGCAAUCAGUACUGUAUGAAUUAAGUUACUAUGGUUGUUACACGUAUGUGCAGUGAAACUUCCAUGACAACCAGCACUGUAUGAAUUACAUCACUAUGGCUGUUACACGUAUGUGCAGUGGAACUUCCAUGGCAAUCAGUACUGUAUGAAUUACAUCACUAUGGUUGUUACACGUAUGUGCAGUGUAAUUUCCAUGGCAACCAGCACUAAAUGAAUUAUUUCACUAUGGCUGUUACACGUAUGUGCAGUGGAACUUCCAUGGCAACCAGCACUGUAUGAAUUAUGUCACUAUGGUUGUUACACGUAUGUGCAGUGGAACUUCCAUGGCAACCAGUACUGUAUGAAUUAUUUCACUAUGGCUGUUACAUGUAUGUGCAGUGGAACUUCCAUGGCAACCAGUACUGUAUGAAUUAUGUCACUAUGGUUGUUACACGUAUGUGCAGUGGAAUCCAUGGCAACUAGAUUUUGAGGAAUUACAUCACUACGGUAGUUAGGUACAUGUAAUGCUAUGUGCAUGUAGUAAAGUAGGCCACAAUUUUUGCUCAUACAAACUAAGGGGUAUUUAUGAAAGGUAGUGACCAGAUUGUAAACAAGAUAAAGAUUUUUUGUUUAAUCUGUCUUCUGUACAUUCAUUUUGUACAGUACAGCGGUCAAACAGCGCACAUAAACAGAAGUAGAUGGGACAGUUACAAUUUGCUGCACAGUACGUAUUAAAUGGAAAGACUUUGCAAAUACCUUGACCUCUAUGACGUGAAUCAUGUUUGAUUAUUACUCUGAAAUUACAUUGUAUUUCAUUUUAUUUCAUUUUAUUGUACGAGUCUUAUUUAGGAAAGGUGGUGAACGCUGAGGAAGGAUCACUGAAAAUUACGGAAGUUAGGAUUUAUUUGAAAUUUAUUUAAAAUUAUAAAAACACAUGAACAUGAAUAUAUUGGUAUAUAUAUUUAUAGGUGUGUAUUUGUAUAUACACAUGAUAUGCAGGGGCUUACUGUAAUUCUUCUAAUUAUAUUAGUAGUGUUGAAAGUAGAAUACUACAUUUUUUUUACCAGCCUUUUGGAAAAGUAAAGAUAUGAGUAUGUUGUUCAUUAGAUGGUCUAACCAGGUUAGAAGAAAAAGAAACUCAGUAUUCCUGCUAGAGUUAAAUAUAUAUUGGCUAAAAUGAUCAGACCCAGGUGUCCCUAAAAUUAGAAGAAAUAGGGAAUUAGAAGAUGUUGUUCCCAGCUGCCUACAUUCUUCUAUUUCUGUACUAUGACCGAUGCUUCUAUUUUACGUUAUUUAAUUCUGUCAGGCAGCUGGCUACUUUUCCAGGAUAUGUAAAUACAUCUAAAAUGAAUAAAUAAAUCAUGUUGUGAAACCAAGGUGAGGUAUUACAGAAGGCUGUGGUGUGACACCAUGUUAUCAAAAAGUUUCUGGCCUUUCUAUCUCAAGGGUGAGGAAAGCUAAUUUUAAAUUCAAUGAACUAAGCUUGAGAUUAUGGAAAUGACUCAUGGUUAGGGAAAAACAACAUGCUGAACAUUGAGAAUUUUGUUAACGAGAUUGUACGAUGAACUUUCAUGUUACCAGUAUGUCCAGUAAAGACUUUCCAUGAUUGUAGGUUACAUUACUGUAAUUCUUCAACCUUUUUGCAUGUUUGCAGGGUGUUUUUUUUUUCAAGCAUAUUUUAGAUGUAUUUUUUUGUGUAUAAAUGUAUAAUUUAUAUAAAAUUAUACUCUUUGCAGAGCCCUGAAUAAAUUUGCACUGGAAGUUGUUCUUUCAUGUGCGAAAAGGUGGAGGAAUUAGGCUACAUUCCGUAGUAUUAAAGCAGGCUGUCCUUUAAUUCAAGACAAGUUCAGUUCAUUCCAGGUAAAAUCUGGCAUUUCCUACCAAUAUUUGAUCUACCCUAAUUCUGAUGAAAUUUGGGACAGAUAUUAGUAGCGUUGAAAGUAGAAUAUUACAUUUUUUUUAUAAUACACGUACCAGCCUUUUAGAAAAGUAAAGAUAUGAGUAUGUUGUUCAUUAGAUGGUCCAACCCUGUGAGAAAAAAGAAACUAAAUAUUCCUGCUACAAUUAUAUAUAUAUAUUGGCUAAAAUUAGCAGACCAGGUGUUCCAAGAAUUAGAAGAAAUAGGGUAUUAUAUGUAUAUGUGUGGUUAUAUUUUUGAAUUGUCUGUAUACAGGUAUAACAUAUGUAAUAUAGCUGUAAUAAUUACGUUGUAUACAAAAUGCAGUGUGAAGGCUGUAUCCUUUAUUCCUACACGUAUGUAGCGCAUGUUUUUCUAGUCACAUGAUUACAACACAGUGACAUGCCUGUACAAAAUGACGUCGCUUCUUUACUUGCCCGUCUUGUAACAUGGGAGUAUUCAGGUUUAAGUGAAGCUACGAGAUUAUCAUUAUUUCUCAACCAUUUGACUUCCUAAUCUACCCAAGAAUAUAAUUCAAAAGAUUAAUCUUAUCCCGGUUGAUUAAUUUUCCAUAUACAUACUCUAUAUAUGGCCAGACAUUAAAACUGGUUGACUGUAACAUGACGUCAUGUCCCAAAGGGAGGUCACUCUGUUGUAAUAUAGCAUCUGAAAAACCCUGCAUUGUAGAUGUGAACCAUUUAUUGUUAAUCUGUACAUCAGAUGUACUCUUCUAAUUAUCUUGAAUUGUUUCAUGUGCAAUUGUUCAACUUUCACGCGAGGACUUUUUUUUCUUUGUUUCUCGCGUCAUGUUAGUACUUAUUGGAUGCUGGCCUACGCAAGUAGAAAUUUUGUACAGGACAUCAGCUGUUGAUGUAUGUUUUGUUUGAAUGUUAUUAUACUAAUGAAUUGACAAAACAUUUUAAUUGGCUGACAUUUUGUGUGCAGGUUUACUUGAUGUAUAAACUGCAAAUCAGGUUAACAAAGCAGUCUGAUUUAUGUCUUAGUUUUCAUAUUUAACAAUUGUUUAUUGGCUUUUGUGCAAUUACUGCUCCAAAGAUUUUUGAGAGUUGAUAAACUUUUGUACUUCAUUUUGUAGCCCUUUAGAUCAAAUUUGAAAACAAAGUAGCUUCAUGCACGAGUUUUUCAUAUGUUAUUAGUGUGGGAUAUGCAUAGUCUGAAUAUUUUCAUUCAUAUAAAAUCCUGUUUUUGUUUUGGUGGAGGGGACAACUUGACUCUCUGACCUUAAGCUGUAUACAAGAUACAAGUUGUUGACAGGUAAUCAAGUAGCCUGCUAUGGUCUUCUAUUUCAUUUAACCAUUGGGACAGAACCAUUUCCCAGAGUGUGACCAUAAUACCCUACUCCAGAACAGUUUGACAAAACAAUGCAGUUUGCUGGUCUUAAGAUCUUGCUCCCUAAAAGUUUUGGAAUCUUUGACCUUCUUUACCUCUUUUUUUUCUAGAGACUGUGAGAGGGAUGCACACAGGUCCUGGUACUUAUGUACCAAUGUCUUCAUGAGUGAUUUGAGAAUUGAACUUCUGUGCUGGUUUAAGUGCUGUCAUGAAAUAAACGUGCAAAUUGUAAAUUAUUAGCUGAAUAAAUUAAGAUUGG